GAGGGAGGGGGGGCUCUGGAAUCUGGAGCGUGGUGAGAUGCUGUGCGGAACAGUGGUAGACACAAGCUAAGCUUCUGUCUAUAAGUCUUUCGGGAAGAUUCAGGAGGUUGCAUCGUUCGUAGCCUCCUUUAGGCGGUAGUACUAGUGGUGCGAGUCUUUGAGAGAGAGAGAGAGAGAGAGAGAGAGCAACAAGCAUCAGUUGUCGAUUUGUUGUUUUUGAUAUGUAAGGCGGUUGCCUUCGCGCCGUGCUUGAUUGUAAUUGUAAUUCAAUCUGGAGUGUGAGAUAUAUAUAUAUAUAUAUAUAUAGCGAGAGGGAGAGAGAAAGAGAGAGAGAGGGAGAGAGAAAGAGAGAGAGAGGGAGAGAGAGAGAUGGCUUGUGUAUGAGGGCCAUGCGAGGAGGAGGCUGUGUUUGUUGCCCGAAGAGAUGGGAUGGUUUAUGUGUAGUGCAGGGGUUGGAUGUGAAGCACCUGUUUGAAGGAGUCUGCGAGAGUUUGAAAUUCGGAUUCAGAGUGCGGCGAUCGAUGGUGCAACGUUGUUAGCAGUGAUUGUUUUCGCCAACAGAACUGACAUCAUUUGGAUUUUUUUUACGCGUGGAUGUGCCCUCUUUUUAAAAAAUUUCCGCGUGGAAAAGAGACGGGGGUUUGUAAUGGAGGCAGGCUGUGGUCAUCACCCCUAGUAUAGCCUGUCAAGAGAGUUCAAAUUCGGUAAUAUGAAGAGGGGGUCGAGACUACCGGAUAUGGCGUGUACAGGGCGGCAAAGAAAUGAUCUUAUCCUAGUUGCAAUUGUUUGCUUGUUUUUUAUGGUGAUAUUCAUCCCACCAUAUCUCCAAAUGAACUCACUUCCGGACAUUGAUUCUCCUGUCGAGAAGCUAGAAGAUGAUGAUGAUGCUGUCUUCACUUCUCAUAGACGUCGUAACCAAGAGCAGAUUUCAGUUGUCACUGACAGUGGUCAGAGACGGACAGUUAUGCCAUCUUCGACUGGUGCGGAGGACGUAACGAAUGCACCGUCUAAAGAUUCACAGGAUUCGGACAAGAAAUCAUCAAGCUACUCGAAAAAAACCACUCUAGAAGCCAAUAGUAAGGAGGAACGCCGUAGUCCGGGGAAUACCACAGGCGACAUUGUUUCUCUGGAUGAUGUGAUAGAUCGUGCCUGGUCUGCUGGUGCCAAAGCGUGGGAAGAACUGGAAACUGCGUUAAGAAAUGGAGAAGGUGUCUCAAAGAAUGUCAGUAAUGCCACUGCAAAUGCUGAUCCGUGUCCAGCAUCACUCUCUGCAGCAGGGAAAAAGUUAGACGAAUUGGGUAAAGUCUUCCCCUUGCCCUGUGGUCUAAUGUUUGGGUCAGCCAUUACUCUGAUUGGAAAGCCUCGAGAGGCUCACAUGGAGUACAAACCGCCAAUCGCCAGAGUUGGGGAAGGCGUCUCUCCAUAUGUCAUGGUUUCCCAGUUCUUAGUAGAGUUACAAGGCUUAAAGGUGGUGAAAGGUGAAGAUCCUCCUCGAAUUCUACACUUGAAUCCUCGACUUCGUGGUGAUUGGAGCUGGAAACCCAUCAUUGAGCACAACACUUGUUAUCGGAACCAGUGGGGUCCUGCCCACCGAUGCGAGGGUUGGCAAGUGCCUGAAUACGAAGAAACUGUUGACGGUCUUCCCAAGUGCGAGAAGUGGCUUCGAGAUGAUGGCAAGAAACCUGCUUCAACGCAAAAAUCUUGGUGGCUUGGAAGAUUAGUUGGUCGUUCUGACAAGGAGACGCUUGAAUGGGAGUACCCAUUAUCUGAGGGUCGGGAGUUCGUUCUCACCAUUCGAGCAGGUGUUGAAGGGUUUCAUGUGACUAUCGAUGGUCGUCACAUCAGCUCGUUUCCUUAUCGUGUGGGUUACGCUGUGGAAGAAACAACGGGGAUAUUAGUAGCAGGAGACGUUGAUGUGAUGUCUAUCACAGUGACAUCCCUACCCUUAACACAUCCUAGCUACUACCCUGAGUUAGUUUUGGAAUCGGGGGACAUUUGGAAGGCACCACCUGUCCCAGCUACCAAGAUAGAUUUAUUUAUUGGGAUCAUGUCCAGCAGUAACCAUUUUGCAGAACGGAUGGCAGUAAGGAAGACGUGGUUUCAAUCUAAAGCUAUUCAAUCUUCGCAGGCCGUGGCUCGCUUCUUUGUAGCUCUGCAUGCAAACAAGGAUAUCAAUAUGCAGUUGAAGAAGGAGGCAGACUAUUAUGGCGAUAUUAUAAUCCUGCCUUUCAUCGACAGAUAUGAUAUAGUGGUUCUCAAGACCGUUGAAAUUUGCAAGUUUGGGGUCCAGAAUGUCACAGCUAAGUAUAUUAUGAAGUGUGACGAUGACACUUUUGUGAGGAUUGAUAGCGUUCUCGAAGAGAUUCGAACUACUUCAAUAUCACAAGGCCUUUACAUGGGUAGCAUGAAUGAGUUUCACAGGCCUCUUCGUUCUGGAAAGUGGGCCGUGACUGCCGAGGAAUGGCCUGAGCGAAUUUACCCAAUAUAUGCUAAUGGACCAGGAUAUAUCCUGUCAGAGGAUAUUGUGCAUUUCAUUGUGGAGAUGAAUGAGAGAGGCAGUUUGCAGUUAUUUAAGAUGGAGGACGUCAGUGUUGGAAUAUGGGUACGCGAAUAUGCGAAGCAAGUGAAGCACGUUCAAUACGAACAUAGCAUACGGUUUGCUCAAGCCGGUUGUAUACCGAAAUACUUGACAGCUCAUUACCAAUCGCCGCGUCAAAUGCUGUGUCUGUGGGACAAGGUACUUGCUCAUGACGAUGGGAAAUGCUGCAACUUGUGAGGAAAAUACAUACAAUGAAUGUGUUCAACGGUCUUUACCAGACAGAAUUACUUUGGGUCGGGAACCAGAUAUAGCAGACAGCUCACAUUCAAUUCAGCCGUGUUGAUCCAGAGGGGUAAUUGAUAGUUUCCUUGUCCCCUACCCUCUCUAGAGGUGGAGAUCUUACAACUUAAUCAAAUGAUCCUCUGCAAUGUCACUUGUCACAAUACUUAGUAUAGCUCAAAAUUGGCCACGGAUAUUCAGGAAUGUUCAUCUUGUAAGGUCGCAGCUUGUGAGUAAAUGGUUGGGUGGUGUCGAUGGCAUGGUUGCUUAUCAAUCCCUCUUAGCAUCAGUGAUCGUCAGAAUCAGUGUUUUCGACACUCCCCGGUGGAGUAUUUUUUCGAUUCUCUUGAUUCCACUCAAGUGGUACUAGCUUAUAUUUAGUGAGGCCUGGAACCCAAGUAGUUAGUUCAGUACGUCUGCCUUUUGCCGAAAUGAGUAGAGUAAUUUGUGGCAGUAGUUGGUGAAGAGACAUGGUUAGGAUUUAGUGUUCAAAAUCUGGAUUAAUCCACUUUCUUCCAUUCGAGCUUUUAGUGAAGUAAUUUUCAUUGUCA